AUGAACUUCUUAAAUAAAUUAGUUCUAAUAGUAUUAUUAAUUGGACUAUCGCCUACUAUAUUUGGGACUGACGCACUAACCCCUUCUUGCCUAGAAGACCAAGUGCUGGAAUUACUUAGAAAAUGGCAGCAAGGCGAUUUGCUCACGAUGCCACUGCCUUCUUUAGGAACAAUAAGACUGCAGUCCUACGAGGGACAAUAUACAGGUUACGGAAUAAAAAUUGCCUACACUACUGGUAAUAUGAACAUGACGGGCCUCAGAAACUUUAAAGUGAAGGAACUUUCGGCCUCUACAGACGACUUGUUUGAAGCAUCGGGUGCAAUUAGUAUACCUUCUUUGACUCUGAAUUCAGAUAACUACAAUUUAAAGGGGAAUGCUUAUGUUUUUUACUCUUUGAAAGGAGCAGGAUUUAUGAAUGUCACUUUCGAGAAUGUCAGUUUGACUUUCUCAAUCAGUUUGGCCCAUAAUGCGAAUAAAAAAGACAGAGGCAUAGAAAUUGAUGACAUCCAGCUCAACUACAGCGUGGACGCUAUACGUGUUAACCUAGAAAACUGCUCGUGGCCUGUCAACAAGGUAUUGAACGCUGAAGCUAAAAGUAUCAACGAGAAUUACCGCAGCUUAUUGGUUAACGCGGCCACCGAAGGACUGAAGAAGUCAUUAAAUUCUUACCUUAUUACAGUACCACCAACAGCCCUUACAUAUGCAUUUUGUAAUAUUUGUAAUAAAAAAUGUUAA